AUGGUGCCUCGACCUUGCAUUGCUGGAACUCCCGCCACUACUGAUCGCGGGGCAACACCUGCUAUUAGCCUACCUAAAUCUUCAGCAGCGCACACAGCACCUUUGGUGACACCACUGCCCCAAUCCCAGUUCCAGACACCGCAAUCAGGAGCGGCUACAUCCACAAUUCCAUCGCAAAGUACAAAAGUCCUUUUAACACCUGCUUCACUAAUUCAUCAAGGUCUGAGCCAGACGUCUGCUGCGCUUCUGUUAACUACCAGCUCUUCGGCACUUAGCGCUGGAUUACCAAUUGUGGCAGGCACAACACUAGUUUCUCAUUCGUCGCCCUUAUUAACAUCAACACCACCAACAUCAUCAGCCAUGUUGAAACCCUCUUCAGAGCCCUCGAGUUCUUCCUGUCCGAUU